AGGGAAGCCGCUGCGCUGCAUUCUGGGAAGGCUGGCGCUCCGUCCGCCGCGCAGCCUCCUGGGAGUUGUAGUCGCAAUCCUAGGCAACUGGUGUGUGUGUGUGUCCUGGGCGCGCCGAAAGGCUGGUUGCCUAGGGGAACCUUCUGAAGGCAAGUGGGCUUCUCUUGACAGUUGCGUGCCCCUUUCCGUCCAGCCUGGCUUCCGAUUCUGCCUUGCGUGUUUGUGACGAGCCAGCGAGCCGGGACGUGAGAACCCUCAGAUAAUAAGAAAUUACCGUGUUUACAUCAUGGAUAACACAAAGGAAAAGGACAACAACUUCAAAGACGACCUCCUGCUCCGCAUGGGACUAAACGAUAACAAGGCAGGCAUGGAAGGGUUGGAUAAGGAGAAAAUUAACAAAAUUAUCAUGGAAGCCACAAAGGGGUCCAAAUUUUAUGGAAAUGAGCUCAAGAAGGAAAAGCAAGUCAAUCAACGAAUUGAAAAUAUGAUGCAACAAAAAGCUCAAAUUACCAGCCAGCAGCUAAGGAAAGCUCGAUUGCAGGUUGACAGAUUUGCAAUGGAGUUAGAACGGAACCGGAAUUUGAACAAUACCAUCGUUCAUGUUGACAUGGAUGCUUUCUAUGCAGCUGUCGAAAUGAGGGACAACCCGGAGCUGAAGGAUAAACCCAUUGCUGUAGGAUCCAUGAGCAUGUUGGCUACUUCAAAUUACCAUGCAAGGAGGUUUGGUGUCCGUGCAGCCAUGCCAGGAUUUAUUGCUAAGAGGCUCUGCCCACAACUUAUUAUAGUGCCCCCAAACUUUGACAAAUAUAGAGCUGUGAGUAAGGAGGUUAAGGAGAUACUGGCUGAAUAUGAUCCCAAUUUUAUGGCUGUGAGUCUGGACGAAGCCUACUUGAAUAUAACACAGCACUUGCAGGAAAGGCGAGAUUGGCCUGAGGACAAAAGGAGAUAUUUCAUCAAAAUGGGGAACUACUUAGAAAUCGACACACCCAGACAGGAAGCUAACGAGCUGACUGAGUAUGAGCGGUCCAUCUCCCCGCUGCUUUUUGAAGAUAGUCCUCCUGAUUUGCAACCCCAAGGAAGUCCUUUCCAACUGAACUCUGAAGAACAAAACAGUCCUCAAAUAGCCCAAAAUCCAGUUGUUUUUGGAACAUCAGCUGAGGAAGUGGUAAAGGAAAUUCGCUUCAGAAUUGAACAAAAAACAACGCUGACAGCCAGCGCAGGCAUCGCCCCCAAUACAAUGUUAGCAAAAGUGUGCAGUGAUAAGAAUAAGCCGAACGGACAGUACCAGAUCCUUCCCAGCAGGAGCUCGGUGAUGGACUUCAUCAAGGACCUGCCUAUUAGAAAGGUUUCUGGAAUAGGAAAAGUUACAGAGAAAAUGUUAAUGGCUCUCGGGAUUGCUACUUGCACGGAACUCUACCAACAGAGAGCGUUGCUGUCUCUCCUUUUCUCUGAAACAUCUUGGCAUUAUUUUCUUCACAUCGCACUGGGUCUAGGUUCAACAGACCUGGCAAGGGAUGGAGAAAGGAAAAGCAUGAGUGUUGAAAGGACAUUCAGUGAGAUAAGUAAGACAGAGGAACAGUACAGCCUGUGCCAAGAACUGUGCGCUGAGCUCGCCCACGACCUCCAGAAGGAAGGACUUAAGGGAAGAACUGUUACCAUUAAGCUGAAGAACGUGAAUUUUGAAGUAAAAACUCGUGCAUCUACAGUUCCGGCCGCCAUUUCUACUGCAGAGGAAAUAUUUGCCAUUGCCAAGGAGCUGCUAAGGACAGAAGUUAAUGUGGGUUCGCCACACCCCCUGCGGUUAAGACUGAUGGGUGUCCGAAUGUCUACUUUUUCCAGUGAAGAUGACAGGAAACACCAACAAAGGAGCAUCAUUGGUUUCUUACAAGCUGGAAACCAAGCUUUGUCAUCUACUGGGGAUAGUCUAGACAAAACUGACAAAACUGAGCUUGCACAGCCCUUAGAAAUGUCUCAUACGAAGAGUUUCUUUGAUAAAAAGCGAUCAGAAAGAAUUUCCAACUGUCAAGACACAUCCAGAUGUAAAACUGCGGGUCAGCAAGCUUUACAGAUCUUGGAACCAUCCCAAGCAUUAAAGAAGCUGAGCGAGAGUUUUGAAACAUCAGAGAAUUCAAAUGACUGUCAGACAUUUAUAUGUCCAGUUUGCUUUAGGGAGCAAGAAGGUGUCAGUCUGGAAGCCUUUAAUGAACAUGUAGAUGAGUGUCUUGAUGGACCGUCAACCAGUGAGAACUCAAAAAUAUCCUGUUACUCACAUGCUUCCUCUGCAGACAUUGGUCAGAAGGAAGAUGUACACCCCUCUAUUCCACUGGGUGAGAAACGGAGGCAUGAAAAUGGAGAGAUCACUUCAGUAGAUGGUGUAGAUCUAACAGGGAUGGAAGACAGAUCAUUGAAAGCAGCAAGUAUGGACACUCUAGAGAAUAAUCGCAGCAAAGAGGAAUAUCCUGAUAUUCCAGACAAGUCUUGUCCUAUAUCACUGGCAAAUGAAACCAUCAGUGCAUUAAGUAGGCAAGAAUCUAUCCAGCCUUGUACAGAUGAGGUAGUAACAGGACAAGCUCUAGUGUGUCCUGUUUGUAACCUAGAACAAGAGACUUCUGAUCUUACCCUCUUCAACAUACAUGUGGAUAUUUGCUUAAAUAAAGGUAUUAUCCAAGAACUGAGAAAUAGUGAAGGUAAUUCAGUUAAACAACCCAAAGAAAGCUCGAGAAGUACUGACAGACUUCAGAAGGCUUCAGGAAGGACCAAAAGGCCAGGAAUGAAGACAAAGAGCUCAACAUCGAAGAAAACAAAGCCCCGAGAUCCCAGACACACCCUUGAUGGAUUUUUUAAAUGAACUUUGAACAUUUUAUCAACGUUUAUCAUUGAAAUUAUUAUUAUUUUAAAUUAUAAUCAUGAAAUUAUUAUAAGCGUUUCAUCGAGGAGUGGAGCCUUGUGAGAGUCCCCCCUUCUGUGUUGGGAUGUUUAACUAGUGUCGUUGUGUGGGUCAAUAUAUUUAUUCUUCCUUAUUUUAAAUGUAUUCCUUUAAGGAACACAAGUGCAAUAAUGCCUCCCCUACGUGACCUUUUUAAGAAUGUAGACUGAAUAUUAACUUAUUUCUUUUAUGUUUUCCUUAAUAACCAUGAGGAUUUCAUUCCCAGCAUAUAUAUAUAUAUCAGUUGGAAAUCAGUCGUGUUAGAGACAGCGUAAGAAGUGAGGUCAGAAAGUGAUGCAUUAUUUUAUAAUGGAUAAAAAAUAUUUCCAAGGACUCUGAGCCCCGUGGAGCAACCUCGCCGUCAGCUCCUCCGUGCUUAGCCUCCAUGGUGCCAUUGAUGCUUCCAUACCUACCUGUGUGCAUCUCUGUGUCCUGUGAGCAGAUGCAGUUAGAAUCGGCCAUGAUGUCCAUGAAGAACAUUAGCUUAACAGAAAGAGCGUGGGCAUGGCUGUUCCCUUCAGGAAGGUGAUGCACAGUAUUAUCUGUGUUCAGAGGACCUGUCCAAACCUGUGAUUUGUAUUCUUAUCUUACGUUUAAGCACUUGGUUCCCAUAAAUAUUUAGUCCAUAAUUCAAAAUCUUUUUUUUUAACUCAGUACUUUAAAUGGCAGUAUUUCUUAACAGUUAUAUCUGACUACAAAUCUGCAGUAAACAAGAUAAGUUGUGUAGUUGCCUGGUUUUCAUCCCCCUCUUUAGGAGAAAAUAGACAACUCAGAAGAUGAGCCCUGAGGAGUCAUGCACUUACCGUAGCUACUUCUCUGUCGUCUCUGCUAAUUGCGGUGGGAGAAAGAUUUGCAGCAGUUCAGAGGUUGCUACAGAUGUAGUACCACCCACAAGUUCUUACCAAAAAGCCCUUCCUGCUACUUACUUAAAGAACUGAAUUCUGCUGGGUUGUGGUGGCGCACACCUUUAAUCCCAGCACUGGGAGGCAGAGGCAGGUGGAUCUCUGAAUUUGAGGACAACCUGGUCUACAGAGUGAGUUCCAGAAAGAACAGCCAGGACCACACAGAGAAACCCUACUUCAAAACAC